GGAGCAGGUUGAUGACUAGUUGGAACUAGAGUUGGGAAAGAGUACGUAUAUUGCCUGGUCAUGUGUGACUUGGAGAAGAGGUGUGAAUAGCUUCCCCUUCGCUGUAGCCAUCAAAUACUUCCUAAUGAGGAUAUACUUAGGGACGGGCUGAACAGAUAGUAGUCGAGAAUUAUUACAUGAGGAAAAAGAAGAAAAAGGAAUAGUAGAACCCGAGGCUGGGUCUUUUUUCCCGACCGAUUUUCCUUCCCGACCGUGGCAGUUCCAUCGAUUCCCAUCCCCUUUUAUACCUCGCCGUGGACAACGAGCACGAAUUCCCACCUUGUCCGGUUGUCAAUUGAACCAAUUCCACACGGGCAUAGCCUCAAAGCCAUUUUCAAUGUUCCCGGGGGUCCGUAGGGUAUCCAAGGGAGUCCAAGUUGGAGGCCGCGCAUUGAAUUCGAAUCCAUUGAGCCGGCCACCCACCGCCUGUCCGAUCCUCACGCGUACUGGCUGUUCGCCCGUCCUUCGCACAUCCGCAACGCUGGCUCCCCCCACCAAGCAAGCCCCCCCUCCUCCUCCCUCUCUCUCUUCCUCUCCCUCCCCUCCUCUUAUUUCCUCUUCUUCUCUUUCCGCUCCAGCCUUGUCUCCCUCUUCCUCCUCUCGAGUUGAUCGUUCGGUUUCGUCCGCUUCAUCUCGUGCUGCCCUUUUAUCCAAACACUUUUCCACCUCCGCUGCCCCGCCGCAAUCGCCCACCAUGUCCUACACCGUCCGCAAGAUCGGCCAGGCCAACACCCUGGAGCACCGUGUUUACAUUGAGAAGGAUGGCCAGCCCGUCUCUCCCUUCCACGACAUCCCCCUCUAUGCCAACGAGCAGCAGACCAUCCUCAACAUGGUCGUUGAGAUCCCCCGCUGGACCAACGCCAAGCAGGAGAUCUCCAAGGAGGAGUUCCUCAACCCCAUCAAGCAGGAUGUGAAGAAGGGCAAGCUCCGCUACGUCCGCAACUGCUUCCCCCACAAGGGUUACCUCUGGAACUACGGUGCCUUCCCCCAGACCUGGGAAGACCCCAACACCGUCCACCCCGAGACCAAGGCCAAGGGUGACAACGACCCGCUCGACGUUUGCGAGAUCGGUGAGCUCGUCGGCUACCCCGGUCAGGUCAAGCAGGUUAAGGUCCUCGGUGUGAUGGCUCUUCUCGAUGAGGAGGAGACCGACUGGAAGGUCAUUGUCAUCGAUGUCAACGACCCCCUGGCCCCUAAGCUCAACGACGUUGAGGAUGUUGAGCGCCACCUCCCUGGCCUCCUCCGCGCCACCAACGAGUGGUUCCGUAUCUACAAGAUCCCCGACGGAAAGCCCGAGAACCAGUUCGCCUUCUCCGGCGAGUGCAAGAACAAGAAGUACGCUCUCGAUGUCAUCCGCGAGUGCGCUGACGCCUGGGAGAAGCUUAUCUCCGGCAAGUCUCCUCGUGGUGAGAUCAGCGUUGCUACCACCACCGUUGAGGGUGCCGAGCGUGCUGACGCUGCUCAGCUCGCUGCCAUCCCCAAGGGCGAGAACCUCCCCCCUGCCCCCAUUGACGGCAGCGUUGACAAGUGGUUCUUCAUCUCCGGUGCCGCUGUCUAAAUGUACCUAUAUAACAAAAUUUAAAUACCACAAUACCACAUUCCCAAGAGGAAAUUUUACAGAAGUGCA